AUGGGGAACUGCGAACGUUGCUGCCGCCCCUCGGCCCCGGGCCGUGCCCUUCCAGGUGGCAUCCCACCCCCGGCGGGGCCUUGGCGAGGAGCCAGGGGGCUGAAGGUGCUGCAGGCCUGGCUGCUGUGCCUGCUGCUGCUGGGCCUGGCCCUGCGGGGGGCAGCGAGCAGGGCCCACCAGCGCUCCAUGGAGACCCGCACCCCGGACCUCGAUCCUGCCUGGUACAUGGGCCGCAGAAUCAGGCCUGUGGGCCGCUUCGGCCGGAGGAGAACGGCCCUGAGGGAUGUCCCCGAGCUGAGCCUGUGGCACCAGAGGGCGGCUUCCCCCUGGCAGGCGGCGCUGAGCCCUCCCAGGGUGGGUGACAGCCCCCAGCAGGAGGAGUGA